AUGCCAAUCGACGUGACACCCACACCAAGGCAUCCCCACUCUUUCCCACCUGUAGCCUAUCGACCCGGGUGGUCUAUGAUGCCUUCUCCUGGACCUGCCCGAAUGAUAGAUAUAUUACCUCCACGACCUAAUAUGCCAGGAUCAAUAGCUCCAAACGGUCUCAGAAACCCUUAUGCUCCUUAUGCAGGAGAAGGUUAUAUUCCAUCUUCGACAAACGCACUAGCGAUGCAUUCGCAACUGGGAUCUUCCAUCAUUGGUGGAUCGAUUGGGGGAAGUAUGAUAGUACCCUCCGUCUCUGGUGCUGGAUAUAGAGAGGAUGAAGGGUGGAAUGGAUGUGUUGAUCGAAAUCAUUUAGGUCAUAACCCAGAUAUGUCAUCUGUAGGAGUCAUAGGACCCACCCCUUCAAUGGGAGUGAAUGGUAGUCAGGCAGGUUGGUUACCUGCAAGUUGGGGAAACCACAGAAGAAUGACACCUACUAUAGCAGCUGAAUUAGCUCCUUCUCCUGCAAAUCUGAGCGGUGGAGGAGGAUAUCAUCAAUCUCAACCUAUGUCUGUUAGAUGGAGGGAUCAAGAAGAUUGUGGGCAAUGUAAUAGAAGAUCACGAUCUCAUUCACACUCAGAUGCCGAUCAUGGUCAAGGUCAUAGAUAUCGAAGAUCGUCAAAUGCUGGAAUGGCUAAUAGUCCUCUGAGGAAAGUGCCAAUUCUACCUACUAAUCGUUCAAGUGUUGAUAGAAGAACAUGCAGUUUGUGCUCUUAG